AUGCGAGGUGCCGUUAGCCAAGCAGUAUAUCCUUUGACAAAAAGCCAAGAAGGAAUGUGGGUUGACUAUCAGGUAAAACCCUUGGGAACAAAAUACAAUCUUACCCUUGAAUGGGAUCUCCGAGCGCGAGAUGGCCCGCUGCCCGCCGUGUCGGACAUUGUUGAUGUAAUCAACGAAUUGACGACAAGACAUGCUGCUCUUCGCUGUAGCAUCAAGCUUGUGCAGAACAAGCCCCAUGUCGUCGAAUACCGUGCCGGCUCGGUCGAUCCUGAAAUCCGACUUGUUCAACGCAACAAAAAUACGAUUUCCCAACCGACAGUCACGGAAAUCCUGCACAGACCGAUUCUCCUAGAUAGAGAGCUCCCAGCGCGCUGGGUCAUACUCCAGGACCCCGACACAUUUCGAGUGUAUGUGGUCGGGCACCAUAUCGUGGUCGACGGGCAGUCUAUGAGCAUCUUGUCGCAAGAGCUCUUGGCGCUUCUUGAGUCACCAACUGCAUCGCUACCUCCGGCUACAUCCUUUAGAGAUAUGCAUAUGAUGGAGCGAGCGUGGAUGGACACUGAGGCAUAUUAUUCUGCACAGCAAACACUGCUGAGUCAGAUCAAAGACAUGAAUCAAAGUCGGUGGCCGGAGCAUCUACUGCCACCACAGUCUCAGCUCAGUAUCGACACGGCCUAUCGAUCUAUAGACUCCUGGGCUUCAUUUCGCAAAUCGGAGCUAGAUGAAUGGAGCCAAAUGUACAAAACAUCGUGGUUUCGCGUUGCCACCGCUCUGGUCAGCCUGCUCGUUGCCGACCGCACGCGUCCGCCUUUGGGCAAAGAGGAGGUCUUGUCCGUAGGCUUCGGCGGUCGUCCCCGCGAGAUGACCGCCUCGUGCGUGGGGCAAUUCGCCAAUGCUCUUCCGGUGAAGAUGCCCCUGUGGCAGACCCUCGAGGCCGGCGACGGUACCUUUCGCUCUCUCGUGUCAGCUAUGGGAAAGAAUCUCAGCGCCGUCAAGAAGGCAGAACUCUUCCCUGCCGUUGAACUAGCACGAGCAUCUCGGGAGUCUGGAGACAACUACCAGCCACCAAAAGUUGCCAUUACAUACUCCCCAAAGCUGGCCAAAGCAGAAUGUCGCCUGUUCCCAGUCGAGGGGCCGUGGGACCUCUUUGUCUGCUUCUUGGAGUAUGAAGAGGAUGUCAAACUUGGCGUGAUAUACGACCCUACGCUUUUUUCAUCUUCUGCUAUUGGUAAAAUGAAGGCACAGUGGGCACAUUUAUCUGCUUUGAGCAAAAUUGAUGGUGUAAAGCUUCGAGAAAUGCUACCAUGGCUACCGAAGCACAUUUCGUUGCCAAAAGUUGGCCCAAACGAAGCAUCUCCAGGCAACCCUUUGAUGCACAUCCAUCAGUGGUUCGAUGCGCAUGCGGAGACAACUCCCGAAGCUCCAGCACUCUCCUCAAAAGAGCAUGGUACUCUAACAUACGGAGAGCUAUACGCAUCAACUGAGAAAAAGGCCCAAUUUCUACUACAACUGGGAGCUAAAAAUGAGACUCGAAUUCUCAUUCAUCUUCAGCGAGGAUUUCAUACUCUGGAGUGGAUGCUGGCUAUUCUCAAGAGUGGUGCAGCUUUUGUCUAUCUCGAUACCGAGGCUCCUGCCACUCAGGUGACUGCAGUUAUAGAGAAUUGCAAACCAAGUGUCAUCAUAAAUGAGGAAACGGUGGAAGCCUACAAUCUGAAAGCUUUUCAGCUCAAGGCGAAUAGCGACGAGGUCCGUGUCGCCAAGUUCAGCACCAGCGACUGCAGUCUCGCCUACAUGAUCUAUACCUCAGGAUCAACUGGCAAACCGAAGGGUGUUAUGGUUGAGCACGGCAAUAUUGCCAGCUUCGUUAAAGCCGCUUCUGGCUAUUACAGAUGUGGUUACGGCUCCCGUAUCCUACAACUGGCAUCUUUCUCUUUCGACGCCUCUAUUUUGGAGUGGACAACAGCGCUGUGCACUGGUGGCUGCUUGUGUUUUGCAGAGAACCCCAAGCAUCUAGUCGGAGACUAUCUCGCAGAUGUCAUUGAUGCCAACAGAGUGUCGUUUAUGCAGAUAACUCCGACCGCUCUUGAGACCCUCCCCGUUAAUCGAGCACUCCCCAGUUUGCAGCUUAUUUCUGUGGGCGGGGAAGCAGUCUCUCGCGAACUUCUAGCGAGGUGGCAUGACCGGGUAGAUCUGGUUAACGCCUAUGGUCCAACAGAAGGCGCCGUUGCCGUUUCAUUCAACAAAAUCAAGAGAAGUAACGCCCCGUUGGCAGAUCUCACCACGGUGGGACGUGCCAGCCCUGGCACCACAAUUUGCAUUUGCGCCGAAGGCUUUGGUGCUAUUCUCGGAGCUGGCCGCAUCGGCGAGGUUUGCUUCUCUGGCAAGCAAGUAGCCCGUGGCUACUCAGAGCUUCCCGAACAAACAUCGAAGAGCUUUGCUAUACAUGGCGACACUGGAGACAGAAUGUACCGUACGGGCGACAAAGGUCAAAUGCUGCCGGACGGCUCGGUCCUCAUCAUGGGUCGCAUGGAUCGAGAGCUGAAAGUGAGGGGCUUCCGUAUUGCCCCAGAAGAGAUUGAGGGUGCUAUUUUUGAUGCACAGGUUGGAGUUACUGAAGCCUCCGUUUUGACCUCCGAAGAUGGAAGGGAAAUGGUAGCUCUCGUUACUCCCGAGUCCGUCUCGACCGAAUCACUCCUUCGCAAAUUGAGGACGAUAUUAGCUCCAUAUAAAGUUCCCUCAAGAAUUGUCAGAGCCGCGAGUCUUCCGAAAAACACCAGUGGAAAAACCGAUCACGCUACGGUUCGACGAGAGCGAACUCAAUUUCUGUCAAAAUCUAUUCUGGUGACAGGAUUGUCUAGCUCGGAAGAGUGCUCCUCUGAGGAGCAUAGUGAUAGCUCUGGGUCUAGCUCUUAUGGAGAUGACGAAAAAGCUAUAGGAAAGAUUUGGGCCACCGUUCUUGGUCUGACUGAUAUCCCAGCAGCUGAUAUUAACUUCUUCGACAUUGGAGGUCACAGUCUUUUGGUGCCUAAGCUCCACGAGAGCCUCAAGACCGCAUUCCCCAGCAAGUCUAUUCGCCUUGUGGAUCUAUUUCACCAAUCUACGAUAAAAAACCAAGUCGCUCUUUUCGGGAGUUCCACACCCAAGAAAGUCAAGGCCAAGAAAACCAAGAAAGUAGUGAUGGCGAACAUGGAGCUUUCACAUCAGCGACGAAGCCGGGCUGCUACCCCAAUUAGUAGCACCAGCAGCAGAGCAACCAGCAAAAUACCAUCACGCCAUUCUGUCACGACAUCUGGAAUUGCUUCCAGGCAUUCGAAUCCUACUACUGCCGCGACAUCUGUGACGGGAGAAAACGAUAUGGAGCUUGAUGGUGUCGCUAUUGUAGGUCUCGCCGGUCGCUUUCCUGGUGCCAAAAAUCCAGAUGAGUUUUACAAAAGUCUUAUGCAAGGCUACUCGGGCAUCAAGCCUGCCACCAACCCCGAACGAAAGACCCUUCCCGGAAACCUCUGGGUGCCGCACGCUGGCGCUCUAGACAACGUCGAGGACUUUGACCACAAAUUUUGGCACCUAUCCCGCGAGGAGGCCACAGAGAUGGACCCUCAACAACGAUUGUUCCUCGAGGUUGCAUACGAGGCCUUGACAGACGCCGGUUACAAUAUGGAUAAUAGCAAAAACUCGGAAUUUGGUGGCCGUGCUGGUCUUUUCGUCGGCUGUGCCAACAACAGCUACCACCUCUAUACUGAGUCUGUGGCCACGGAUUCCUUCUUGAAGGAGAACCGCCCGAUGAUCGCCCCGUCGAUCUCUGCUCGCACAGCAUACCACCUCAACAUCAGAGGACCAAACGCUACCAUCCAGACCAACUGUGCUAGCAGUACUGUUGCGCUGUCCUUGGCGUUUGAUUCCCUCCGCCUGGGACGUUGCGACAUUGCAGUCGUGGGAGGAGUUUCUGUUCAGUUAUUCGAGGGAGGCUAUGUAACCCAAGAGGGACAGAUAUUCUCCUCCACCGGGGUGUGCCGUCCGUUUGAUGCCAAGGCUAACGGCACCGUACCGGCCGACGCCGUCACAUGUGUAGUUCUGAAGCGCUACAGCACGGCGCUGUUGGACGAGACACCCAUGUACGCCCGUAUUCUUGGGACUGGGAUUGGAUCUGACGGAGCGUUGGAAAAAGUAGGCUACCAGGUUCCUUCACCCCGAGGCCAAGCUGAGAUUAUCAAGGCUGCCUGGGAGACCGCGGGCCGUGCACCAUCUAGGUUGCGAUACGCAGAAAUUCACGGCAGUGGCACUCCCAUCGGGGACGCGCUGGAGCUGGAAGGUCUCGCUCUUGCUGUGCGAGAGCUGGGAAGCUCUCACCGGUUCACCGUCGGAUCUGUCAAGGGUAACAUUGGCAAUGCGCAGCACGCAUCUGGUCUUGUUUCGCUCAUCAAGAUUUGCAAGUCGAUGCAGGCUGGCACAAUUCCAUGCACCAAGGGUCUAGAGACGCCGAAUGCCAUGAUCAAUCCGGCGCUGCCAAUUGAUCUCGCCAUGAGCCCUACAAAACUCAGCAUGGACGACAUCAUCGCCGUAUCUGCCUCUGGUUGGGGUGGUGUUGACUCGCAUGUGGUCUUGGGAUUUCCUCAACAAGGCCUACUCAAGGAAUCGAGCAUCGUCGUGCCUGAGGGCCGGUUUUCCCGCGAAGCGCUACAAGCCCCGAGGCUCAAGGGCUGCGCUAUGCCCAUGGUCCAGUCCUCAACCAUGAUCACGGACAAGCAGCGGUUCGAUGAAGCUACCGGUGCGUUUGCUCAGGCUGCUGCAAAGAUUCUUGGCACUGACGUCGAAUCUCAUAGCAACCUGAAGGACUUGGGCCUUUCGAGUGUGCAAUAUGUGGCGUUGAUCAGUUCUGUGGCUGAGACUUUGUCAGGACCCAACAUUGGGGCCAUUGGUUUUGUGUCCCCUGUUUUGUCGCCUGCUUCCCUGGCCGAGGCGUUCAUCUCCAGAGUAUCUCAACAGGGUCUACAUCAGAGGUUAAGUACGGCGGCACCACAGCUGAAUACAAUCCGCCAGGGGAACGAAGACUCUCUUUGUAUAUUCAUCCCAGGCUCAGGGGGUCUUCUAACAGGUGCAGCUCCGCUCCUUGCGAGUCUCGAUACCGAUGCCACUGUUCUAGCGCUGGAACACGCACAUGUGGAGCUCAGCGAAGUUCUUAUCAAUACUUACACUGAAGUUGUGGCUUCUGCACUCGAGCCUCAUAUCAAGGAGGUUGUCUUCGUUGGUGUCUCGAUGGGAGGACUGCUAGCUCCGAGGCUCGCCGACGAGAUCUUGAAGGCCCCUGCAGUUGAGCAAGUGAAGAUAGUAUUGCUUGACAGUCCUCCACCGGCGGCUCAACAAGCGCAGGUACCAGAGUGUGCCAAAAUAGAAGCAGUCUACAUUGGCGCUGAAGAUGGACAGCAUGGCUCCGUGCAGAGCGUGGAACAGAUUUGGACGAAGGUGCUGCCCAAGAUGACCUUUCAUAAAUUGAGGUGCAGCCAUUUCGAUAUUUGGGGAGAGUCGCAUGCUAAGGAGACGGCGACCAUUAUUUCGGAAUUUUUGCGAUAG